GGUCAGCACGCCCUGGUGUAUCAGGGCAGACUGGGUCUCCUGCUAAUGUGGGCACAAAAAGGGAAAGAUACAGUGAAAGUCUCUCAGGCGUGUCUGACUCUUUGCGACCCCAUGGACUGUAGUUCAUGGGAUUCUCCAGGCCAGAAUACUGGAGUGGGUAGCUGUUCCCAUCGCCAAGGGAUCUUCCCAACCGAGGGAUUGAAUACUUGUCUCCCGCAUUGCAGGCGGAUUCUUUACCAGCUGAGCCAUCAGGGAAGCCCGUGGUAGAUGCAUAGGGAGGGAAGGGCACAACAGGCAUGCCUUUAGGGGGCCACGUCCUGGGAAUCCUGCCCCAGGCCGCCAGCAUCCAGCUCGAGGGCUGUCAGUUGCAGAGCUAGGCCCUGGCAUCUCUGAAGGACAAGGCAGCAUCCUUUUCUGUGCUGGGUCUUUCUAACACUGUAUGAUCUUCAGCCUUCGGGUGUGCUGCGAGUCCGUGGGUGGCAGGGGAAGCAGGAGACAGUAUCAUGAAAGAUGCAUUCACCUCCCAGGGCGAUUUCUGGUCUCCUUGGCUCAGAUGGCAAAGAAUCUGCCUGCAAUGCAGGAGAUCCCUGGGUCAGGAAGGUCUCCAGGACUGGGAAAUGGCAACCCACUCCCGUUUUCUUGUCUGGAGAAUCCCCAUGGACAGAGGAGCCCGACGGACUACAGUCCAUGGGGUCAUAAAGAGUUGGACACGACUGAGCGACUAACAACACUUUUUCCUAUUGUAGAAUGACUGGUUCCUUCUCCAGCCUAGAACGAUAAAGUGACUUUUAAAGGCAAGUCACUUUUCGGACAAAAGCUAUCUCUUUUGUCUUCCCUCCCUCCGCAUCUGCCGCGUCUCCAAAUAGUGACUUUAUACUGGCUGGGUAUUUUCUUUUUUUCAACCCUCCGAUGGCAGAGGUGAGGCGCUCAGGCACCCGGAACUGUGGUUCGCGGGUGUUUGUUUCCCGCCGGGACGGAUGCCUCGGGCCCCGCCCGUCCGCAAUGGUGGCGGGAGCCGGAAGAGGGCUUCGGGCUUUUAGAAUCCACCUCCACCGCGCCGCGGACAGACGUCCUGGGGCCGCCUCUCGGGCCACUUCCCGCCGCGCUCGGACCCGAGAGGCUCCCGCUCCGCCAGCCUGCGCCGGGAGGCAGGGCCUGAGCUCCGCGCGGCCGGAGAGGCCCGAGCGGCGCGGUGCGUCCGCUGGGGCGCCCGCUCAGACGCAGGCACGCGGGGCGGAACGACUCGGAGCUGGAGGCCCGGCGGCUGGCCCAGCACGUCCAGGACCGCUCGGCUGGAAGGGAUUUCCUGGACGGUGGAGAGACCGCAGGGGCCCCGUAGAGGCUCCCGUUUCUGGUACAGAGGGUAGAGUGCGGGGUCUGGGCCCCCUGCUUACUUGCCCUAUGAUCUGAGGCUGCCUCGCUGGGCCAGUUUCCUCCUCCUGAAAUUACUUGUGACCUCCAGCUAUCCUGGCCAGCGGGGAGAAGCAGGAGUCUCUUGUUGGACCCCUGACUCUCCCACAGCCUCUCUUCAUAGCCUGGGAUUGAUCACCACCCAUCCUGGACUCAGUUUCUGUGAGAUGGGACAGAAUGAAGCGUCCUUAUUAGCUGCCGCGCUGGCCCCACGCAGCUCUGGUGCCGGCGGCGCGUGGCGUUCGCUCCCGGAUCAUCGCGCAACCGGAGGACGAACUGCGGGCGCGCGGAGUGGGGCCUUGCGCGCGGCUCCCAGCGCUGCUCUCCGGGUUCCAACUCCUCGCGUUCUCCGCCUGCGCCCGCCUUGCAGCGCUGCGGCCACCUGGCUGCCCGGAGCCGACCCCCGCUCUAGGUCCCGGGCCGGCCUGGAUGCCCUGCCACCCUCUGGUCAUCGGCACCCCCACCCCCCAAUCCUAAUCUCCCCAUCUGGGGACUCUGGUUCUCUCCGGUCCUCUGUCCCCUUCCCCCGUCCCCCCAUGAGAAGCGCCCCCCAUCUCCCCAUCUGGGGACUCUGGUCCUUUGGGCCCCCCUCCCCCCCAACCCACCCAAUGAGAAGCCCACCCCUCCGUAUCUGGGGGCUCUGGUCCUCGGCUCCCCCGAUAUGAGAAGCCCACCCCUCCCCAUCUGCCCAUCUGGCAGGCUUUGGGCUUCUCUGGGCCUCGGUUUCCUCACUUUGCGGGCGGGAGGAUCCCAGCGGGGACACGUUGGCCCCCAGGCUGGCCUCUGGACCUGGGACCUGCAUCAGCCCCGCGGGCAGAAAUGUCGGCCCUCCCGCCCUCGGCCUCGCCGGGCAGCGGACGCAGGCGGGAUGGCCGGGGCGAGGAGACGGCCUGGGCGACCCCGCUCGGGCGGGACUUCGGGCAGACGCAGCCCCGCCCACCUUCGUUUACCCUCCGACCUAGGUUCCAGGCCCCGAGCAGCUCCCGGCGCGGGCGGUCGCUGCGGUUCUCGCGCUCUGGCCCCCUCCCCGCUCCCGACCCCCAGAAGCUCAAGAGCGGCGGAACCUUCGCUGCGGCGCGCGCUUCCGGCCGGCGCCGUUUCCCAGGGACGCCGCCGCCCCUCGCGCCCCCGCGCCCCCCGCGCCUGCGUUCCCGGCGCCGCCGGCCCGGAGCUCCCCGAAGCUUCGGCCCCGCCGCCGCCGGCCCUCGCGAGGGGAAGCCCGGGCCGCACGGGACCUCGGCCCGCUCCUCCGGACCCGAGAGGCCGCUGCACCGGCUGCCGCUCCGGAUGCUGCUGUUGCCGCCGCGGCCCCCCCACCCUCGGGCCUCCUCUCCCGAGGCCAUGGACCCGCCGCCCCCCAAGGCGCCCCCUUUCCCCCCGGCGGAGGGCCCUGCCUCCACUGCGUCCUCGGCGGCGGGGCCCCGGCCCCCGCGGCUGGGCCGCCACCUGCUCAUCGACGCCAACGGGGUCCCCUACACGUACACAGCGCCGCUGGAAGAGGAGCCGCGCGGCCCGACCCCGCGCGAGGCGCCGCCUGGAGAGCCCGGGCCGCGCAAGGGCUACAGCUGCCCCGAGUGCGCCCGCGUCUUCGCUAGCCCCCUGCGGCUGCAGAGCCACCGUGUGUCGCACUCGGACCUCAAGCCCUUCACGUGCGGCGCCUGCGGCAAGGCCUUCAAGCGCUCCAGCCACCUGUCGAGGCACCGCGCCACGCACCGCGCCCGUGCCGGGCCGCCGCACGCCUGCCCGCUCUGCCCGCGCCGCUUCCAGGACGCCGCGGAGCUGGCGCAGCACGUGCGGCUGCACUGAGCCGGCGGGCGGCCCUGGCUCCCCUCCCCGCGCCCGGCGCCCCAGGUGCCGCUCCCGCGUGGUGAGCACCUGCCGUCUGCGCGGGAGGGUCGACGAAAGGCUGCGGCCGCAGCCUGGUUCGCUCCUGCGUCUCCCCUCGCACCCGCCACCCUCACUCUCUCUUAAUAAACAUUCCGCACUUCG